GUCUGUUUCUCUCUCUGUCUGAUGAUCACGAUGUUCACUAUAAAUCGAGCAGCACUGCUCUUCGUUCAGCUGUUAGUGAUGUGGGAUGUCUUUGCAGAGAUCGCUAAAGACGACCACAGAGCUGUGCUGGUGUCCCAAGGAGACUCAGUGACGCUGACUUGCAACAUAUCCAAGACAAAUGCAACACAAAUCUCCUGGACCAACAACAGAUCUGUUUUUCAUUAUUCCAGUGAGCUGAAUCGCACCUAUUCAAAUUUCUCAUUGCAUAGACUGAAAAUAAAUCAUGAGUUUCCUACAAAGCUCAUUAUUUUUAGUGCUCAACCUGAAGAUGAAGGACUUUAUACAUGUAAGUUAACAGACAAACGUGGCGUAAACAGCAUUACAUGGAGUUUAACUGUGUCUGAAAACCCCACAGAAUCCACUUCAUCAAAGUAUUUUCUAUACAUACUUCCACCUGCAAUUGGAUUCCUUCUGUGUUGCAUCACACUCGCUGUGUUUCUCUACAGAAAAAGCAUGAUGAUGAAACUAAAUCAGGAUGCCGUCCAGGAUCAGAUUCCUCCUCAGUCAGGAGAAGAGGGUGGCAGCACUAAUUGCAAAAACAACAGACAGAGGAGUCAGUAUAUGGAGAGACUGAAUUCAAUCUAUGAUCACUUCAAUAUAUGAUCAACUGAAAAACCUUCCAGUUCCUGACAGACAUGAACAGUGUCAAAGGAGAAACUAAAAGGGAACGCCAUCAGAGGGAGGACACCCGGGCUAUAAUACCCUCAGCUUCAGCUCAGACAAAUGACUCUGCCUGUGAGCACAACAGUUCCAACCAUCCAUCACCAUCCAAGGAGCUUUUAUAUCUCAAGGAUCUUUGCUGUAACAACUUUGAGAGCACUUAGUUUGACAGAAGUGUUUUUCUUCAUCUGUGAGUAUAAGACCAGGUUCACGAACCUAUGUACUGUCAACCUAUUGACUGACUAUAAGAAAGCCUAUGACUCACACACGGAUCCUGGAAUGCCUAGAAAUACAAGAACAACAGGACCCUAAGAGCCUUCAUCAGGAAUUCAAUGGGGAUGUGGUGAACAAUGCUAGAGGCCAACUUGAAGCCAAGUGCGUGGUCAAGUGUGGGAUUUACCAAGGAGAUGCACUGUCCCCACUGCUGUUCUGCAUAGGCCUGAACCCCCUUAGCCAGAUCAUCAACAAGACUGGCUAGGGAUAUCAACUACACAAUCAAGCAAUCAUUAGCCACCACAACUAUAUGGAUGACAUCAAGCUGUAUGCCAAGAGUGAACGAGACAUAGACUCACUGAUCCAUACCACUAGGAUAUACAGCAAUGACACUGUGAUGUCAUGCGGACUGGAGAAGUGUAGUGAGAUGGUAACAAAGAGAGGGAAAGCAGAACUGAGCGAACUGCACUAGCAGAAGGCAACAAUGCAGACAUCAAGGACAGCUACAAGUCCAUCCAUACCAUGCAUGGAGGGUUUCACCAUAUCCUGGGAUUGUGCACUAAGCAGAAUGAAGGAGACUAGUGAGUGUCAGUGUCAUUAUUGCUUUACUUUGUAGAAAAAUAAUGAUAAGGACACUGAAUCAAGAUCAGUUUCUCCCUCAGUCAAGAGAAGAGAUCAGAAGAUCGUCAUCAUCUUUAAUACUCUCAAAUUUUGUCUACCAAAUUUUAUUUUAGCCUUUUGUCUGUAUAGGUAAGUAUAUUUAUUUAUACAUGAUUUGAAGUUCUCUGAACCAUUUUCCAACAAAAGACACUCAGGAAAUUCAGACCUCCACCAAGGCAGGUCACUCUCUGUGCAGGAUUUUAGGGAAUAGUGUUGUAAUUUAUAUUCAUUAUUUUGUUUUCUUUGUUGCUUUUAAGCAUUUUAAAGAAGUUUCACUGCAGAAAUAAUUAAGUGUAAAGUGCAGACGUUUGCUGUUUGCCCCACAGAAAUACUUU